AUGAAACCAGCUGGUCCUUGUCAGAAAGUAUUUGUACGGUUUAAACACUCCAUCCAUACCCCAAGCAUUUCUCAAAUCCCAGAUUUCUCGAAAUACUCGCCGAUUCAGCCAAUAAAAGAGGGUCUUGCUCCGUACCUGUUCGAAACGAUGAAGGCGUACCCUAACGGGUCUAAGUAUGUGAAUCAACAGCAUUACUACCAUAAUAAAACUGUACUGAUUGAGAAUUACGCGAGGCGGACGCCAAAUCCGGUUUCUCUAACGCAACUAGCGCAAUAUUACGACGACUCGAGUACUCUGACCAAGGCAAAGAUUAUAAACUCCGGGAAAUUCGUGAAGGAGGAGUUGGCUAUUCGAAUGGCCAAGAAAUUGAGGCUGCUACAAAACCUCCCCUUUAAUGUAGUGAAUAAUUUCCAUUUUGUCCAAGUCUAUGAAUCAUACUACGACAUCUUUGAACGAUUUAGACGAUUCCCAACCAUUCGAACGUUGGAGGACAACAUGCGGUUUGCAGAGUUUACCAAGGAUAUUCUCCAGGACUUCAACUCCCUGAAUCUACCGCAUUUGGUGAUGGGGGCUUUGGAAUGUACAAUUCUGGAUCUUUAUCCUACAGAAAAGAUGGACGAGCUAUUAUCGGAUUUGUUGCGGGCAAGAAUCUCUAGAAGGCUGAUAGUGGAGGAACAUUUGAGUGUGACAGCUAACUUCUUAAGCGGGAAGAAUGAAAACACGCUCGUUCUGGGGGAUAUAUUCCAGGAGUGCUCAGCAAGCGAGUACGUACUAGAGGCGAGUAGAAUGUGCCAGAGGUUCAUCAAGGAUAUGUACUAUGAUGACAUCCUACUACCAGAGUUGAUCAUCAAGGGGACCACGGACCUGAAGUUCUAUUUCUUGCCGACGCACUUGAAGUACCUGCUGGGCGAGCUUUUAAGAAAUGCUUACACGGCAACAACGAAAGAAUUUAUCAGAAAGGGUCUUUCAAAGCCAACCCCGAUCGAGGUUACCAUAAUUGAAAACCCGGAAAACUACCUGUUCAAGAUAUCUGAUAAUGCAGGUGGGCUGCUGCACCCUGAUGAAAAUAUAUGGUCGUUUGGGAAAUCGAAGGCAAGAGCCAGUGAAUCGCUGAGCAGCUUCCAUAGGCUGCCUGGUCUCCAAACGGUCUCGAUCUACGACCAUUUGUACGAGGAGAAGAGGCAGAAAUCGAGAUCUGAAGGUGGGUUUGCUGGAACAGAGAGCCGGUGCAACUACCCAAGAGAGGUAGCCAAACCGUACAUCCGCACCUCGCUGGAACCAACCACGCACUGGAAUCUGAAGAAGGGCCAAUUCAAAUUUGAGAAACCCCUCAUUGAGAUACUGGAAAGACCUUUCCGCUACAAACUGGGGAUUGGCCUGGCAAUGUGCAAAGUAUACGCAGAUUACUGGAACGGCGACCUCUCUCUCCAUUCCAUGCCCGGGUACGGUGUAGACACAGUUUUGAAAUUGGGGAACUUGAUGAAGCACACACAAAAGAAGCAGCUUGAUAAAGUGUAG